CGAUAAAAUGGAACGCACCUAGAGUCGACUUGUUGGAAAAUAGCUACGUCACUGGAUCCGCGUGGUUCACCGACGUUGGAACGGUGCGAGUUGCAAUUGAAGCGUGCACUGUGACAUUUUCUGAUACAAUGGAUAUUGUAAAUGCAGUGUUGGAAAAUAAUGAAGGAAUAAACAAUUCGGUUCGGUCGACAACGGUAGAAAAAUUAGUGGAUCUUGAUAUUGAUGAGGGAACGUUACUGGCUUCAGAUUAUAAUGAACUCGACGUCGCACAGCUCAAAUCAGAUGCAGAUGAAUAUUUGAAGGGGUUAACAAGAGAUAAUGUACAACUGCUCAUCAAUAAAGUUUGGUCAUUGCCAACAGAAAGAGUAGAUGAGGCUGUAGUUGCAAAACUCCCAAAGCCCAAAUACAUAAUACCACGCUCAAGAACUAUUCCUAAACCUAGACCAUUAACGAAGUGGCAACAGUUUGCCAAAGACAAGGGUAUCAGGACAAAGAAGAAAGGAAGAUCAAAGUUGCAGUGGGACGAUGAAUUGAGGAAAUGGGUGCCAACUUUCGGCUACCAAAAAGUAAAAGCUCAAGAACAAAAAGAAUGGCUGGUUGAGCUUGGCGAUGAUAACAAUCCCAAGAGCGAGAGCGAUCCUCGCACUGCAUCGAGUACAGCGAAACAAGAACGCACAGCGAAGAACGAAUUACAGAGACUUCGCAAUCUGGCUAGGGCUAAGAAUAUUAAAAUACCAAGAGUUGGUUUGCCGAGCACUGAACAUUUCAGAGAUGCUAAACAAAUUGCCACGGCAGUCACAGUUGCUAGAGCUUCAACCGCGUCGGUAGGAAAGUUUCAAAGCCGAUUGCCAAAAGAAAAAGAUGCCAAGGAUAUAGCGAGUGAAGUUCCAGGCAUAAAGAAGAAGCGCAAAGCACCACCGCUGAACAUGGCAGACGAAAAGAGACGAAAUACCAAUUUGGUUGAGGAAGUGAUAAGCAAAAAGAGCAAGAAAGAUCUCAUUCGGGUAGAUAUACCGUCAGCACCGUCCACGAGCGUGGAAAGAUCGAAAUCAGCUGGUGGCAAAAAAAAACGUGCUGGUUCAGACGGUAAGAAGGGGAAAGGUGGAGGCAAAAAGCCAAAGGGUGGAAAGGGCAAAAGGGAUUUGCAUACGAAAGUCGGAGGUCGUAAGAGGCGAAACUAGACCGUAAUUACACGGUAAAAAAGAAAAGUGCUUUGGGCUAAUGAUAUCAAGGUCCUACGUCAUUAUAAGUGAAGAACUGGCUCGAGCCUAUCUGCACUGACGUUUUAAGAGCCGUUGCUUUUCUCUAAAGUGGAUCAGCAGAAAAAGGUGAGAGGCGAAUUGACGAGUUCGCUUGGCCAUAGAGAAGACAGAUACAACCGCAGACACUUCGUGUAAGCUAACUCACAUGCUCUACAGACUUUGUCAUUCGUUCCACUUUCCUCGUGACCUAUUUUCAAGGGGCAUUCGAGCACGAGGACCUUCCACCUUUAAUCGAAUGCUCGUAUUACUGUAUAUGCUGAAAGAUACUGCACCCAGUCUGUUUCCUUAAAAGCGGAUUGUUGAAUAGCCUUGACAUGACAUCAAGAAAUGUUACCAUAAAUUACGCCAUAUUUAUGGGGCUUAUGGUAAUUCAAUGUUCAAGGAAAUGCAAUUUAUGCACGAAACGUAAUUCACAGUGUUUUUUUUUAUUUAACAUUUGUUGAAAAUCGAGAAACUGGAUUGUUGAGUUUGCGAUUUCCGACUUAUUUUUAACGUUAAAUAAAUUCUUGAGAUAUGAAACCCUUGCGAGAAUGAAGUUGAAAAAAUAAUGAAAUUAGCGCAACGUCAGUUCGUCGAUAAAUCAGCUGUUGCUAUCGAUCCAAUAUUUUUUCCGCCGUACUGAGUUUCAAUGGAGUAAACUUCAUUGUUAGAAGGUAAGUGUAUAUAGAUUUGAGGUGCGAAAUGAGCAGCGGUGGAUGAGGGUUGGAGAAAUAUAGUCGCUAGUCGACUCGUACAAAAUCUGCGGGUAUGCGUCAGUUUGGCUGAGUUUGUGACGUCGUUGUCGGCGGGGAGAGCAAAAGAGGGCGAAGGUGGGUCGCGCUUUGUAGGGGUUUGGGAUGGUUUACCGUUGGUGAAAGGUGAAAGGUCAACAAUAGCGAGCGCGAAAUAUCGACUGGCGGGGCUGCGGCGUUGCGGGGGGCAAGAUGAGGAGAGGGGAAAAGGAGAAUCAACGAGAAUGGAAUACAAGGUAAAGGGCGAGCGGAUGAGGAAAUAUGGGGAAUUGAUAGAGUCGAUUCUCGAUACUGCAAAGGACUGCAGCUCGCGAGGUCGAUUUUUGUGGAGCGCUCGCCAAUAAGCAAGGAGCAAAACCGCGUGUACUUACCGCUCGACAAAUAUCGAUCGACAGCCAUCGUAAUCGGGGUUUCAACAUAUGCGAGAGAGUUAACGGAGAAACCGAAAGGAGGUCGUUCGGCUUUUGAACGGAUAGGCUCGAAAGCUGGUAUGCGCGGGGGAGAGAUUUCGAGCUUUCCUCACCCCGAUGUGACACAAGAACGGCGCGCAUGACUGGCCAAUAGACACAUAUUCUUCGCGUGGGGCCUUGCGCGUGCGCGAAACGCGCCACUGAUCCUUCUCUCUCCCCUACCACCGUCUCUCUUGUCUGUUCUGUUCCCUAGUACGUUUACCAGCGGCGCAUCGUCCGCUUGUUCUCCGUCGUCCUCCUACGUUUCACUGCUUUUCCGUUCGUGUUUAGAGCUUAGUAUUUUAUUUCCAUUUAGAUUGAUAGAAGAAGGAUUAACAAGUUUUUCACUCGCGUACCUCUCACCGGCUCCUCCGUUAAAACUCUAGGCGUGCGAAUUAUUGCGGGGAAAUUUUUUGUUACAAAUAUUCAUAAAAUAAAUGAAGAACGUGCGUAGAAUUGCGUGUGUUUUGGAAAUAACGUUCUACAUACGUUGAAUAAUAAUAUUAAUGGUGGCGAUGAAAACUACGAUAAUCGUGAUGCUUCGUUGAAUAGUCUUGUAGACAGUGUCGUGCUAAACGUAAUACUUUGAAGGCUCCCGCUCGCGUUAUGUACAGCGAAACUGAGCGCACAAUUAAACGGUUACGGUCGUUAAAAAAACUGAAUAAUCGUCGCCAAACGCAGGACCAAUAAAUCGCUACAAAACCCAUCAGCAUUAAUUCUACAAAGAUACAUUGUCAAUAAACUGUGUUAACGACGAAUUGAAAAUUCCCAUGUCACGCAAUUCUGCUGUACGAAGAAACAAUCAAACGGAAGGUGGUGGAGGUUUCGAAAUGUGAACGCUCGAUACCAACGGCCACAGUUGUUCGUAUAGGUGUUGCUGUUGUCGAGGACCUCUGGGGCUUGUUAUCGUUCGCACGUUCGUCAACGAAUGAUUUUCUACCGUGUCAACAGAACAUUUCUUCAGAAAAAGCACGAAUAGUCCAAUGGCUUUUUCAUUUUUGUGUUAAAUUACACUAUAAUGGUGUAUUAAACGCGACGACAGAAGUAACGGAGGCCCCCACGUGAAUGUAAAUUGCCAGUGAAUAUAUUUAUGCAAAUGACAUAAAAAAAAUGACGAAAGAAAAAGUGAACGGAAAUCAGGUUUUGUAAAUCAAGAACGAUUCAUUGGAGUUCAAAUCGAAACAAUCAACAUGGAACGUGGUAAUAAGGAAUAACUAGUAUCGAGUACUCAACAAUCUUACGUAGCAUCGAUCAGUUGUGAGAAACUUUAUUUACAUUCGGACACAGUCGCUAUGCACACGCGUUACGGGAAAACGAAAAAAUAUACAAAAAUUAAGCGAUCGAGAAUAGUUGCAACUAGUUCAAUAAUCGACUCGUUCUUGACGCCGAAAUUCGUGAUAAUACGAAGUGCUCGGCGAAUGUAUCAGGAUUACUAAGAAGCGAAGGAUUGUAAGAGAAACGAUCAACGUGCGAAUAAAGCUUGUCCAGAUGAACUCACAAAA